CGAUGUGUAGGUUUCAUCUAUUUGUUUGUUUUAUGUGCCAAAUUGCUAUGACGUCGUUAUAGCAGGACAAUCUUCUUGCGCAGGAGUGGAGCUGUCAGUCUGUCAGGCACUGGAGAGGCGGAGCGUCAGGGAGUCUUGUCCUCUGAGGUCACAGCCAGUGCUACUGCCGCUGCUGCUGCUGCUACAGAGGUCACGAGGGCCGGUCUGAUCUGAAGGAGGGUCACGCCCCCCCUCCCCCUCUACCUCCACCCUGUGGCGGACAUGACGCACCCCUUCAAGAUCACCUGCUGGCCAAGCCUUCAGCUCUGGUGGCUUUUGGCUGUGGUGGUAACGACGACUGCUGAUGCUCAAAAGUGGGACACGUCUGAAGGUUGCAGUGGCAGGGACUGCACUACGUGCCAGUGUUUGCCGGCUAAAGGAGCACAGGGUGCUCCGGGUCCUUUGGGGAAUCAGGGCCCCCCGGGGCCCCCGGGGUUCCCAGGGCCAAUAGGCCCCCAGGGAGAGAAGGGUCGCCGCGGCGAUGAGGGAGACGCUGGUGGCCCUGGACUACCAGGACUUCAGGGUGCUGCUGGUAGGCCAGGCUUUGCUGGCAUUCCCGGAGUGGACGGUCAUCCAGGGCCAGGUGGUCUCCGUGGGCUGCCAGGAUUGGACGGCUGCAAUGGAACUCGAGGCGAUCCCGGAUAUCACGGCCCACCAGGACUCGAUGGCUUACCAGGACCAUUAGGCUACCCAGGACCCUCAGGACAGAAGGGAGAUCCAUCAUAUAGAUUUACCUACCAUCCCGGCCCACCCGGUGGCAUAGGACUGGAUGGACUACCUGGUCUUCCUGGCCCCAAAGGAUUUCCAGGCCCAGUUGGCACUGCAGGGACACUCGGUGCAGAUGGAUUUGAUGGAAUUCCUGGUCUACCUGGAGAACGUGGCCAGCCAGGUGACAGUGGAAGGUCUUUACCAGGAACCAAAGGAGACGAGGGGGAUGUAGGAAUCCAGGGCCCCCCAGGUCCAUUUGAGGUUGUCGAACUUCCAGAAGAAUUCUAUCCAAAAGGAGAAAAGGGAUCAACAGGGCCCAGAGGUGAAUCUGGAGUAACUGGUAUUCCGGGUUAUGCUGGCUAUCCGGGAGAGAAAGGAGAGAAGGGUGUCCGUGGUAUCCCAGGAGACAGAGGGCCUUCAGGGAUUCCAGGUUCACCAGGCUAUCCAGGAUUUAGGGGGUCUCCUGGAGGUGAUGGCCUUCCUGGACUGAUUGGUAGACCAGGCCUCAAGGGCUAUCCAGGAGACGCGGGAGCUAAGGGGCAGACCUUGUACAAUCAGUUUGAUGUUAUAGGGUUAAUGGGGGACCCUGGUGAGCCUGGUCGGCCCGGUCCGCCCGGUGACAGUGGCCUCAUGGGUUUGCCAGGAGCCCGAGGAGAGACAGGGGUCUCCAUCGUAGGUGCUCAUGGAGGCCCAGGCCUGAUGGGACAGCCGGGCCCCAAAGGAGAGAAGGGGGAUCGGGGCCGCAGGGCCAACGGCGUGCCAGGGGAGCCUGGGAAACCAGGCCUGCAGGGGGGCAGGGGAGUACCGGGGCCCCCAGGAGCUCCGGCGUGUGGGAGGUUCUGCAUGCCGGGAGAACCUGGGGAGAGAGGGCCGCAGGGAUCAAUAGGGGUCCCAGGCAGCAGAGGACUCAAAGGACAAAGAGGUUUGCAAGGCGGCUGUGCAUGUCAGACCCCUCCAGACCUCCCGGGUCCGGAUGGGCCUAAGGGCGCAGAGGGGGGCGGCGGGAGGCCUGGCGAACCUGGCGUGCCCGGCACCAGUGGAGAUCCAGGCCCCUCUGGUGAACUGGGCUGGCCCGGCCCUGUCGGUCCCCCUGGAUAUCCAGGUGGGAAAGGAGAGAAGGGCCAGAAAGGGGACACCUACAUCAUGGACAUCAAAGGUCCAAAGGGCAGCAAGGGUGGUAUAGGCCAGCCAGGACCCAGGGGCUUCCCUGGCAGCCCAGGAGUGACCGGGGAGACAAGGCCACCCGGAGACGCAGGGCCUCCCGGAGACAGUUAUCCCGGCUAUCCAGGGAACCAGGGAGACCCAGGACUCUUUGGGCUGAAGGGCCUCACAGGGCCACCGGGUCCCCCAGGGCCCGGCAUGCCUGGGGCGGCAGGACAGAGGGGCAGCCCUGGGGAUGAAGGUUAUCCAGGGUUACCAGGAGUGCCAGGGGCAAAGGGCACCAAAGGUGACACAUUCCCUUGCCCUCCCAAGUACCCAGGACCUCCAGGAUACAAGGGGGAACGUGGCCCUCCAGGACCCCCGGGCCCUCCAGGCUUGUAUGGGAACAGGGGCCCCACAGGAGGAAACGGCCUCAAGGGGACGAAAGGAGAGGCAGGAGAACCAGGACCUCCAGGGAUCCAAGGUCCUCCAGGAUUUAGUGGUGAUGCGGGCCGAGAGGGUCCAGAGGGACCCAGCAUCGAUGGCCCAGAGGGUAACCCAGGUUGUGUAGGGCCCCAGGGGCUGAAGGGUCCUGACGGGGCCUCUAUUCCCGGACCUCCAGGCCCCAUCGGCCCAAUAGGAUUCCCAGGGUUUCCUGGAGCGGCAGGCAUACGGGGACCAGAGGGGGCUGCCGGCCUGCCAGGAAUUCCUGGAACGGAUGGAGCUCCUGGAGCCCCAGGUUUGGCUGGUGCCAUUGGCUGCAGAGGUAGAGACGGGGCCAAAGGGGACACGCCCAUGUCCUGUCCCAAUGGCCCAUCUGGUGAACCUGGUGCACCGGGCUGUGAGGGCUACGUAGGCCAACCAGGAUUUACAGGAGCUAAAGGUCUGGCAGGGCUGCCAGGUGCCCCAGGCAAGGGACUUCAGGGCCCCCCUGGGAAGCCGGGAAGCCCAGGAACGCCUGGCUUCCAAGGGGCCCGUGGUCCUCAAGGCCCCGACGGAGAAGACGGACAAUCAGGUGUUCCGGGCCCAAAAGGCCUACCAGGACCAGCUGGGUGGCCAGGCUUGCCUGGGGACACCGGACCGCAGGGCACCUGUGGACUGCAGGGGAAGAAGGGAGAGCAAGGCUUUGAUGGACGGCCAGGGUUCCCAGGACCAGACGGAGUACCGGGAGAGAAAGGUGAACGAGGUGCUAUCGGCCCCCCAGGAAUUACCACUUUCCUCCCCAUCAAAGGCCUGAAGGGGUUUGCUGGAUUUCCAGGAGACCCUGGAUUCACAGGCUCUCGAGGUGAGAAAGGUAUACCUGGGAAACCUGGUGGACCGGGCUGUGCUGGACAGCCUGGUCUUGCUGGUCCAAGAGGUACUCAGGGAUGCUUCGGGAAACCUGGAGCUGAUGGGGCACCAGGCCUCAAAGGAUUACGUGGGUUGCCAGGCAACAACGGAGAUCGCGGCAGAGAUGGAGAUGCGGGAGACCCUGGGAAUGAAGGCUGUGAAGGAGCAAAAGGAGCUCUUGGACCAACUGGUGAAAAAGGUGAUCCAGGUGAUUCCUUUGGUUGUGCAGGAAGUCCAGGAGAUAAAGGUGAAACAGGAGACACUGCGGAGCCAGGACCUCAAGGUGAUCCAGGAGAGCUUGGAGCUACCGGCUGCAUUGGCAACAAUGGCACCAAAGGAGUAAAAGGAGCACAUGGAUUCUCAGGGAAGCAAGGAUUUCCAGGUGUAAGUGGACCUCAAGGGCCUGCAGGGGCGCCUGGUGCUGAAGGUCGUCCAGGUGACCCUGGACUUGCUGGGCCUGAUGGCAGACCUGGAUUGACGGGACUUAGAGGUCCUCCAGGGAAACUGGGAGUUCACGGUCUGGACGGUUUGAAGGGGGUUAAGGGUGAGAUUGGAGCAAGAGGGCCAGGGUUGCAGGGGCCCACGGGGCCUCAAGGUGAUAAAGGGGACAAAGGGCCCAGAGGAAACCCGGGCCCCCCAGGCCCCCAGAUACUGGGACAGAAAGGACAACCAGGACAGACAGGAUUCACAGGACCCCCAGGCCCGUGCGGCCCUCCUGGUGCACAAGGUGAAGACUGUAAGGACCCCAAAUAUGGACAAUAUGGAGAGCCAGGAGUACCGGGAGGGGAUGGACCACCAGGGCCACCUGGGGACAUGGGGGAGCCUGGUCCGACGAUGCCCAUACCAGGUGAUGCCGGGGCACCAGGAGCCCCGGGCGCCCCUGGGGCUCCGGGACCAAAAGGCAAUGCUGGACCCCCCGGGGUGCCAGGCUCAGCAGGGUAUCCUGGACUAAAAGGUGAACAUGGGGCAAUCGGCUUCAUGGGUUUGCCGGGUCCGACUGGUCUGGAUGGGGAGAAAGGCCUGAAAGGUCCCAAGGGUGCUAAAGGAUCCGCGGGAGACCCUGGUCAAAAAGGGGAGAAGGGGAGUUUAGUGUUUGUGGACCAUGAGAGACCUCCACGUGGCCCUCCGGGGCCUUACGGCCUUCCCGGGCCCCUCGGGGCCUCUGGUCCACCUGGUUACAACGGCAGAGAGGGCUUUAAAGGCCUCAAGGGAGACCCAGGGGAUCCAGGAGCGCCGGGUAUCCCAGGAGUAGCAGGUCCAGACGGGGCUACAGGAGACGCAGGAGACCCUGGACCACCAGGACUGACAGGGCUGCAGGGUCCCACCGGAGACACGGGCGAUCCAGGAGACACCGGCCUGAGCAUUCGCUACAACUCGGGCUUCCUGAUGGUCAUGCACAGCCAAUCCCAACGCAUCCCUGUGUGCCCAGCUGGAACGACUGAACUGUGGACCGGAUACAGCCUCCUGUAUCUGGAGGGACAGGAGAAAGCCCACACGCAGGAUCUUGGCCAGGCGGGCUCCUGCAUGCGCAUGUUCAGCACCAUGCCCUUCUCCUACUGCAACAUGGCCUCCUGCAACUACGCCAGCCGCAACGACAAGUCCUACUGGCUCUCGGCCAACGUGCCCGUGCCCAUGAUGCCCGUGUUGGGCCACGAGAUCCAGGCGCUCAUCAGCCGCUGCGUGGUGUGCGAGGCGCCCUCGCGGCCCAUCGCCAUCCACAGCCAGGAGACGGUGAUGCCCGCCUGCCCCUACCAGUGGCGGCCCCUGUGGGACGGGUACUCCUUCAUGAUGCACACGGGUGCCGGUGACGAGGGCGGCGGCCAGUCUCUGACGUCAUCGGGCAGCUGCCUGCAGGACUUCCGGGCGCAGCCCUUCGUGGAGUGCCAGGGUCCCCGCGGCACGUGCCAGUUCUUCGCCGACGCCUACAGCUACUGGCUGACCAGCAACCCCAGCCAGACCCCCAGUCAGGCCGUGCUGAAGGAGCCCCAGGAGCAGCGGCAGAAGACCAGCCGCUGCAGGGUCUGCAUGAAGGACUGAUCAAUACCAAUCGAUGGUUUCUAAUCGAUCGAUACUUUCUUCCUUCAACACCUGCCAAUCGCACUUCGGAGACAACACGGAUUGGUCAACUUAGAGGAGGAGGUUGGGCUUUGGGGCAGCAGCGGACUGGUUAAAAAUGGAGGGAGAACAAAAAAAAACAGAAACAGUGGCUUUGAGCAGCGUUUUUGUUGGUUGUCACUUUCCCUCCUUCCCUACCCCCUUGUUUUCUAUGACAAAGAAAAGACUGACGUCAUGGAUGCUCUGGUUUCUCUCUUUUUUUAAAAUAUGCAGUAUGGUAUUUCUCCGCAAAGGGCAUCUGACCCGAAAAAAAACAUACUUGAUCCACAUACAUUUCAA